CUUGUACGAAGUUGAGUGAAGUAAACAGAAAGACGGUGGCACACUUCCGGACACCGCAAGGCCACUACAUCCCGCAGCAGAAGACUAGUGUGUGUUGGUGCCUUGGUGGUGGAAACGUGACGCGGUGCGCAGAGCCUGGCUGCAAUUAUUUCUGGUGCCACGAGAACGGUAGUCACGGGCAUGACUUUUGAGAUGCUUUACUAGAACGUUAAGCUUGUGUGGAGAACUACUAGUAGACAAAGGUAAAUAAACAUUUGGUGGUGGGAGCGAGGGUGUGCGUCACAAACAGGUCAGACCAUCUGGGUGUGUUAGCAUCUCGGUGGUGUCCAAUGACGUGGUUGUCUGGACCGAAGAACCACCUUCUACAGCGAAAGAAAACAGCGUUACUUUUGUGCAUAUCUGACCCUGCAGAACGUUUAUAUAUGCACAUAUUGUCCAUAAGUGAUGUCGAUCCAAAGCUGUGAAGACGUGAGCGUCUUUGGUGCAUGAGCACGUAGUUUGGUUGUCUGACACAAUUAAUGUGACAUCAACAUGGUUCUGGUGGAUCGCACUAUAAGUGAGUCCUCGGAUGACUUAGACAUCCGACCUCUAGAAUUGGAAGAUCUGAGGAGGAGAUUAGAUGAAAGUGAUGAUGAUUGCCAUUCUCUACCUGACGGAAGUUCCAACCAGUCCUUCUCUGCAGCAUUCAAAAUUGGGCUCAAGAGGAGGAGGGAGACAACUGUAAACAGGAAUUUUGUGGCCAAGAUGGCUUGGAAGAAUGCAGUCCGAAAGGCUCUGGCUCUUGGAGAUCCAUGGGAAAAGUUCCACCUCAAUGCAUACAAAACAGAGCGGGCCAGGAGGCACCGCUACAAUGCCAUGCGGCAAACCUGGACACAAGAUGAGGUUGUGAUAAAGAUGGAGAAGGAUUCCUUCAACCAUGGUGCCAUGAGGGAGUGUUUUCGUAUGAAGAAGCUCAGCAACUUCUCUAAAGAUGAUUGGGAGCGAGCUCAUAAUUAUGUGGCAAAACGCUACAUGGACCUAAGCACUCCCAGGGAGACAUACUUUGACGAUGUCAGGCUUCAGAUGGAUGCCAAACUGUGGGGAGAAGAGUACAAUAGACACAACCCACCAAAAAAGGUAGAUAUAUUCCAGAUGGCCAUCCUGGAAAUGAUAGACAGAGAGGGGAGUCCCCUGUUCCAUCUUGAACACUUCAUUGAGGGUCAGUAUGUGAAGUACAACUCAAACUCUGGAUUUGUUCGUUCAGAAGCCAUUCGUAUGACUCCUCAAGCAUUCUCCCACUUCACAUUUGAAAGGUCUGGCCAUGAGUUAAUUGUUGUGGACAUCCAAGGAGUUGGAGAUUUGUACACAGAUCCUCAGAUUCACACUAGCCAUGGAGAAGAGUAUGGGGAUGGUAAUCUGGGAACACGAGGCAUGGCACUUUUCCUGCACACCCACCGGUGUAAUUCCAUCUGUGAGAGUCUUAAUCUCACUCCUUUUGAUCUUGCACCAUCAGAAAUUGAAAAUACUAAAACCAUUUCCAGUACAAAGAAUGCAUACCAGACUAUUGUCCGGGGCACUGAGGAGAUUGUGUUGACUCCUUCAGAAGAGGAGAAGGAACACAUCCAAGACUACAUACGCAUGCGUUCUCUGUCAUCAGGGUACCACUCAGGGGAUGAUCGACCAAGAACCAAACUCACAUCCAUUAGCUCCUUGGACUCCUUGGAAUGUGAUGACAUAAUUUUGAUGUCUGAAAGUGAAGAUUCUCUUGUGGAUUCUGCCAAAAGAGAGAGAAAUCACCACCACAACCUCAGGGACUACCACAGCAGGCUUCGUCUCGACUCAAUGACAGACUCUGGGACAGAUACAGAGACUCGAGAGAUGGAAAUCAUGCAGUUCAAACAACUGGUGCAGAGGAAGGCUCGACCCUCUCACGUUCUUGGAGAAAUUGAACACCGUAAACAACUGGAAUUACUAGAAGAAAACAGAAGCAAAACUGGAGGUUCAGUUCUUGGACAGGUGCAUUUGGAUCUUGCCAAGUAUCAUGAGCUGAAUAGGUUUGUGAAAGAGGGUGAAUCCUUUGAUCAAGAAGCAGCCAUUUACCACCUUAGUCAGGCAGCCAAGUGUGGAUGCUUGGAGGCCAUCAAAACGAUGGCGCAACUGCACUUGGGCCUUCCACAUGACACCUUACCAGGCAUUCAGCUGGAUGAUAACAAAUGUGAGUUGGAACUUGGAUUUGACUAUAUGCAGACAGCAGCUGAAGCCAAGGACAGAGCUGCUAUGAUCUACAUCUCAAAAGCCUAUGAAACAGGCAUAGGAUUGCCCAAGUCAAGGUCUAAGAAUUGGGAUAAGGCAGUAUACUGGUUAGAAAAAGUGAUAAAUACUAACACUGAGGAUGAGGAAGGUAACUUUGAUGGCACCAUGGAUGAUCCUCAGUACCAGCUGGUGGCACGCCAGGCUGUCAUGUAUCUCUCGGGGGGAUAUGGCUUAGAGAAGGAUCCAAAUAAAGCAGGAGAGUUGUAUACCUAUGCUGCAGAAUUAGCCACAGAAGCCAUGAAAGGAAAACUUGCUGCUAAGUACUAUAUGCAAGCUGAAGAGGCCUGGGCAGAGUGUGAGGAGUGAAGCAGUGCAGAAUCUUAAUGGUUGGUGAAGCUGAGUGUUAUCAGGGAAUACCAAGUAUAGUAUGUUGAUUUAUAUGAUAUAGAUAUUGAAUUGGGGGUUUGUUGGAGGUUUUGGCAUAGUUCAUUGUCUGUUUGUUUUUUUUUUUUUUUUUUUUUUUUUUUUUUACCAUGUGGGCUUGUCAUAAUCAUUGACUUUAGACCACUGGUAUGCACAAUUUAAGUGAAGUUUGAGGAAAACUAAUAACCGGAGAAAUGUAAAAGAAUUUUUAAAGUGGUGCAUAUUUUGUGAAAGUUCUGCUUUAUAAGUACAUUGUAUUAAUCCUUCUGUAGUCAUUAUCAUGCCUUAUUGACUUACAUGAAGGACAGCCAACCAUAAUUUUAUAAUCAUUCAUUUCUAGAUAAUGUCUUUGAACACCAAUAUAGACAUUAAAGUUAUAAACAUGUUUACUUUUGAAAAAUUCUUGGCAGUCAGUUGGGACUAAGAAUAGAAAGAAAACUUAAAGAAGAAAUUUUUUUUAAAUGAGUAGACCUCUGAAGGAGACUGUAGCCUACAUUUUAAGGGUUAUUUUGAAAAAAAAGAUAGUGAAGAGCCUAUUUAACUAUUUGAAACAUGUUUAAAAGAUUUUCUAAUGCAAUCAUCCCUUUUCUGCACAUAUGAGAUGGUAGCCAAGACAGAAACAUAAAAUUCAUACAGUAUUCAC